GCUUCUGUCUAAGAACAAGGAGUUACGUAUUCCACAGGAUCCAAAACACUAACAGGUUUUAGCCCUGUAUCUGUUUACGUUAAGAAAGAGUGCAGUGAUACAGCACCCUGCACCAAGCCAUCUAAACCUACGGAGACCCUUCACAACGCGUGUCUAAAUGAAUAUAUUCCACGUUGUGAGAAGGCAGUUUCUAAAUUCCUACAGUAUGCGUCAUCGACAGCAAACAUCCUGUCCAUAGGGAUCCACGUGAAAUACCUGUAUGGAGUAGGACAAGGAGAAGACAACAAAAAGAAGAAAAGGGAGAAAAGAGAUUGUAAAAUCCGCCAGUUGUUGGAGAAGGUGUCCGCUUUGAGAAACUCCAACUCUGGAUAUAUACUGAUUCAUCUUGUUGGUCUGGCACCUGGGGAUUCUUUCACUGGCGCUUUCGAUGAGUUUGUGGAUACAAAGCUCCACGACUUGAUUCAUGAUGGUCAGUUAUUUACUAACGUGUACCGGAAGGACAAGCUGAGUCACCACAGCAAGCUUCGUGAUUUCCAUGACUUUCUAGCUCUUUACGUUAGUGCUUCUUCCAUCGUGACUACAGCUGACUUUAACACAAAGCUUGCACUUGACGACUGUAUUGUAGACAUUCCUGUGGAGACGCUACGUACAUUUAUCAGAAGAAGGGGAGAAUUCGAAGGAACAUUUCACACUGUUCUUACUGAAAUAAAUACUGUUCAUGAUGUUGUGAGUGCACACGAAAACAGGUCAGUUCAACUGAAAAGUCACUUUCUCAAAAAGAAGGGAGAUCAGGAAAUAGUUUCUCACAUCAUUAAAAAUCUUAAACUUACUGAGUACGUAAGUGCACUGAGUAAACUCGAAAAUGGAGGUUCAUUUCUAUAUGGAGUGAAAGAAGAAUGUGUUUUUAAAACGGAAUAUGGAUACGAGACCAAAGAAAUCCAAAUUCAACCUGUUCGCGUGGACCAUGCAGGUAAUUUACAGGAUAUACUGAAGGAGAAGAUUUGCGAGACUGUUCUUGUGUGUGACUUUGAUGGAAAGCAACUUACUGAACGUACAGUUGACAUUCGUUUUAUCCCCUGCCCCACGAAACGAAAAGAGUCGUGUUGCAAUGAUAGCAUUAGGAAUCACAACUCAGAAACAGCUGGGCAGUUCAUUAUUCAUAUCUUAGUUAAACCCGUGAAUGGCGUGGUGUUUUAUGAUCCACGGGGGCCAUUGGCUUACAAAAAAUGAUCCCACAAACAAGUCAAUCACCCGGAUGGAAUUCCAUGAAUGGUUCCGUGCUUUCACAAAACCUCUGGGAAACAAGGCAUAGCUGAGGCAGCUGAUAAAGCAGGUCAAAUCCUUAUCCCUAUGAAAAUGUGGAAGCUGCUGAAUGAAAUCGCAAUAGAGAAAGAGAAUGACGUAGCCUUGGCAACGAACGACUUCUUCAGACCUGACCUGAAGCAAAUUGGAAACAGCAUCUUUGAGAUCAAGAAAUACUUCAUUGACGAAGGAGUUCAAACGGUAGCACCAUCAAACCUUGAAGACUCUUUGGCAGAAGUGAAAGACUGCCUCUUAGGACUGACACAAAACCAUGCAUUUGUCUUAGGUCUUGAUCCCAGAACUGAUAAAGAAGUAGAAAACAAGAACUAUCCAAAGAGUGAACCAUGUUUCAUGUUCUUAUCAGAAACUUUAUCAUUUGCUCUGGAUUUUGCGACAUCGUGCCGUCCAAAUAUUGUCGUGUGUGAUGUGUUCAUAGCCUUCCCUUCCAUGCCAACCAUGGUCCUGUCAGUCGUUGAUGGGGACGAAGAUUCGGAGGAAGCGCUGGUAUACAACACGUCUGUGGCAAGAGGUGUCAGAGAUAAACUUCUCAGAUUUAUGGACGAAGAUGUGAACUCAAUACACGGCGUGAUAAACACGUCGACUCUCAAGGACAGUGUCGUAUUCAACACUCGCCUGAAGACUCUGACAAACGACUCCUUUCGUUUUGUUCCAAAAUAUUCAUUGCUAAUGAAUACUAGAAGACAUGAUAGGAUCCUCACAGCUUUUUGGGCAGGUGUUGCUGAAACAAAGUCGGUUCUGAAAGAAGAAAGUGGAGACACCGAUGGCGACUAUCUGAGAUUUCUCACCAAAGAACAAUGUAUCAUUCUGGUGGAGAACAUAAACAGUAAGGACGUCGAGGUCAAGUGUAUGCCCGGUAGUGGAGCCACGACUCUGAUGCUGGAGGUGGCCAGGAGACUGAACAGACUUGGGGACACUCUGCUUGUAUGUAGGUCACGACAGGAGAGGGACAGGCUCAGGUCCGUCUGUCCAUCGGCGGUGUCCGUGAAUGACCUCAGCCAUCUUGAUCUGUCCCCAAACAUGAACAUUGUUGAUGAAACAAACAGUGUCCCCCCUGAAACAAGGCGUCACCGUUGGCAAUUUACAAGAUAUGUAACUGAUAUCAAGCAGUUCGAGGACAGGAAGUGGGUGCUCGAGAGGGAGAUUGACAGUAAGGAGAAACUCAUGGAUGUAUUUGCAAAUGAUAUAUGGAGACGAAAGAUGGGAUAUCUUCUUGGAGACUUUGAUGUGCUGAUACUGCUGUUCGAGAAGAUAAAGCCAGAUGUUGUAAGUGCACGGCACCAUCCUUCAAGUGAUAAUAUGUUAACUUAUGGAGGAUUAUUUCCUGCAUUUACCUUGGGUAAACACGCGGUGACAAAAGAAGCAGAGCUGAUAGCAUGGCAAGAAAGAGUAGCACACGAGGAGAGUGUUUUCCCGAUUUUACGCUCGGUUAUGGUAAAGGAUAGAACCAGUCUUAUCUACCAAGACGUGAAAAUGGCUUUCCUAGAGAAAGUCUCAAGAAGAGAAAAGAAAGGACAGGAAUCGUCACAGAUUUCUGAGACCAAUUGUUGGAACCAACAGAAUACCGCAAGUGCAUUUACGGACAUAUCCAGCGACGCUAAAGAUGGACAGAAGCAACACAACACACAUGGCUUCGAUGAACUGAAUACAACAGAUGGCGAAGAUGAACAGAACACAGAUGGCUCAGAUGGUCAUUCGCAGAAGUUCUGUGUACCAGGGGAGAAAAGCAGAAAGGGGUCUUCUUCAAAAGAAGCGCUGACAGAUAACAACACUGAAGACCAGUUGAACAUCCAGGACACAGAUGGCGAAGGGUCUGAGGGUCGCAUGCAAGACAUUGAAGAUCUAAAUGAAGAACUGGAUAGUCUACAAUCGAACAGAGAUCACAGAAGGAGACAACUUCACAAACUACAAACUGACUGUUGGACACUCGACGAGUGGCAGAACUCCGUGGACUACUUGAUGCGGUACCCGGAAGUUCUAUCCCUGUUAAAUGUGGAGCUACCAGGAAUGGACAGUGUAAACAGUUCCCAUCGAGAAGACCAAGAUGAAAGCAACUUGCCAAGAGGAAUCAAACACAGACAGAGCACAUUCUUCACAAAAGACUCAAAACUAAAGUUGUCUGACGUAACAUCGAAACUGGUUGAGGUGGAAACGGAAGAUGGAUAUACUGGAGAAGAUGGAUGUCACAGCACCUUCAGAUAUACGGGUCUGAUUCAUCAGUUGAGGAAGUACCAGCACGGUUCCCUGAAGAAAGGCGAUUUAACUGCACUCACACUUAAGGUAAUGGCAGAGGACGGGCAGCAACUCGCAGAUCUGACGACAAAGAAUCACACCUUGGAAAAGGGUUUUGGACGCCCUCUACAUGUUUUGGGAAUGGAAAGGCGGCCUUCACCCAUUUCAUGUCCUAAACUCCACCUGGACGCGGCACGGGCGAACACAGACGAGUGCCACGUAACAACAGACGGUCAGUUGGUCAACUCGCGGUCCGACACACGGGAUGUGGGGCAGAACACACUACAGAAGUACUGGGGGACCUCUAACUCCCCCAUCCCCCUUAUUCCAUCCUCCUCCACCCUCACACCCCUACCCACCACCCCCAGGUACUGGGAGACAGAAACCAGGGUGAGGGUGGGUGGUGGGCUGUCACUGACAAUCCUGGAGAUGGGACUGUGUGAGGCAGGACGGGUGGACAGUGAGAUAUUGGUUUCUUACCAGCACCGCACCUGGUGUGUCCGAGUACAGAGAUGUAACAGACACGGGGGGAGUAUCUGUACCAGGGUGUGGAGGAAGGAGGAGCGGGGCAAGUGUCACCAGAACACCAUGUCCCACGCUCCCGGCACACAGGCCACCCUCCACUAUGGCGUUGUACUGGAUGUGGGGAGGGGACGAGUGGCAUUCAUUGACCUUGACAGACAGGUUGUUCUAGACAAGUAUAACGUUCAGUUCAAUGAGCCACUCGUCCCCAUGUUUGGUGUUGGGUCGUGUAUGUCUGGCCACACUGUGUCCAUGAGUCUGAUCAGCGGGGAGGACAUCAACAUGACUGACACAAAGAAGGCUCUCAUCUACCAAGCGCUGAAAUAGAAAAUUACCUGGCCAUGAAACUGUGAAAUCGGCCAUGAAACCGUAUGAAGUCAGCCCUGAGGCUGUGUGAAGUUAUCUGUGUAACGGAGAUAUUUCUAUCAACUGUUUCAGUAAAUGAUUCUAAUGACGUGUGAUGUAAGUCAAGGGACACAGAAGAAGUGAACACACAAAAUGUAAAAAUUGUUUCAAAACCAGAUUUCUUUACCUUAUAUUGAUAUUUUAUACCUAAAUAAGUUUUUUGAAUCCACACACAAUUGUUGAUAUAUUGAAAUUAUCACAGUAGUUGAUGUGAAUAUGUCACAGUAAAAGCAUCUGAGGAGAUGA